AUGGAGGCACUGUUGGGAGACCUGAAAAACCAGGGAUACUUCAAGCAUAAUGUGACCAUGAAAGUCUUCGACUUGUCAGUGAAAUCUGGUGACUGCAUCAAACUGAAGGGGAAAAUACAUCAAGGGGCCAAGAGAUGUGUCACCCUUCCCUUUGUUAGUUUUGCCAUCAACCUAGGUCGGGAUGAUUCUAAUCUGGCCAUUCACUUGAAUGCUCGCUUUGAAGCCCAUGGAGAUGUCAAGAAGAUUGUGUGUAAUUCCAAAUCAAAUGGUCAGUGGGGUGCAGAGGUACGGCCAUCGAUAUUCCCGUUCCAGGAAGGAGCUGAAAUUAAGAUCUGUCUCUGCUACCAAGCUGAUGAAAUAAAGGUGAAGCUAGAUGGACAGGAAAUCAGCUUCCCCAAUCGUCUUGGCCUGAAUACUGCCCAGUACUUCUCAGUGGAUGGAGAUGUGAGUCUUCUGUCUUUCAAGUCUUUCAAGUGUUGAUGAAACCUAGUCUUACUUCCACCC